CUCCUCUCCCAUCUCCUCUUCCUGGACCGUAACGCGGAAGCCGUAGCGAGGGGCCUGUGAGGGCUGUCUUCAGCAGAGGACACACACUCGACAGCGGGAAGGGGGGGAAUAGCAGCAUCAGGCGGACUGCCUUCCCCAGCCCCACGCCUCUUCUCCCGACCGGCGGUCUUGUUUCCUUCCCCCGGAUGGCUUGCUCCAGGCCUCUCCGCUAGGCCCUAGCAGCAUGGGCGCAGCCUGGGUGGGGAGAGAGAGCACGGAUCGGACCCUUCCCCUCAGGACGGGCGUGCCGGCGGGUCACCCUCCCUCGGCUUCAGAUGGGCGAGGACACUGAGAGCCCCAAAAUCAACCACACCUUCCUGCGAGACUACGUCACCGAAGCUGAUGUCAUCUCUACGGUGGAGUUCAACCACACAGGGGACCUGCUGGCCACGGGGGAUAAAGGUGGCCGAGUGGUCAUCUUCCAGAGAGAGACUGAGUCCAAAGGGGAAUUGGAGGAGGUGGGGGAGACGGGGGACUCUGGGGAGUACAAUGUCUACAGCACAUUCCAGAGCCACGAGCCGGACUUUGACUACCUGAAGAGUCUGGAGAUUGAAGAGAAGAUCAACAAGAUCCGAUGGCUGCCACAGCAGAACGCGGCACAUUUCCUCCUCUCCACCAACGAUAAGACCAUUAAAUUGUGGAAGGUGAGUGAGAGAGACAAGAGACCCGAGGGAUACAACCUGAAAGAUGAGGGGGGGCGUCUCAAGGACACCUCUACCAUCACCUCUCUGCAGGUGCCCGUCCUGAAACCCACAGAUUUGAUGGUGGAGGUUCGUCCCCGGCGAGUGUUCUCCAACGGGCACACCUACCACGUCAACUCCAUCUCAGUCAACAGCGACGGGGAGACCUACCUGUCUGCCGACGAUCUCCGCAUCAACAUGUGGCACCUGGGCAUCACCGACCGCAGCUUCAACAUUGUGGACAUCAAACCAGCCAACAUGGAGGAUCUGACGGAGGUGAUCACAGCGGCCGAGUUCCACCCUCACCACUGCCACCUGUUUGUGUACAGCAGCAGCAAGGGCACCCUGCGCCUCUGUGACAUGAGAGCCUCUGCACUCUGUGACCGGCACACCAAACUGUUUGAGGAACCCGAGGACCCAGGGAGCCGCUCCUUCUUCUCAGAGAUCAUUUCCUCCGUGUCUGAUGUCAAGUUCAGCCACAGCGGGCGAUACCUGCUGACCAGAGACUACCUCACCGCCAAGGUGUGGGACUUGAACAUGGACAAGGGUCCAGUGGAGACGUACCAGGUCCAUGAAUACCUGAGGAGUAAGCUGUGUUCCCUCUAUGAAAACGACUGCAUCUUUGACAAGUUUGAGUGUGUUUGGAACAGCUCAGACAGCGUGAUCAUGACCGGGGCCUACAACAGCUUCUUCCGGAUGUUCGACAGGGAGACGGGCCGCGGCGUGACCCUGGAGGCUUGGCGAGAGAGCAGCAAGCCCCGGGCCGUGCUGCGGACCCGGCGCGUGUACAACGGCGGGAAGCGGCGCAGGGGGGACGUGGGCGUCGACAGCCUUGACUUCACCAAGAAAAUCCUUCACAUGGCUUGGCACCCGUCCGAGAACAUCAUCGCCAUAGCGGCCACCAACAACCUGUACAUCUUCCAGGAUCGCGUCAACCCGGAGACGCAGUUGCAGUGACAAAGAACGGGAGGGGGGGAGGGGGGGGGCACGGACGGUGCGUGGGGUGGACGGACGCCGUGAGAAAGGUUCAGUCAAGUUCCACAACAUGCGGACAGCCGUUUGUGCCGAUAAAAGAUUGGACCAGUGGUAAAAUCACAAGACUGUUAAUAUACUCAACCCCCUGCGAAAGGGGGGGGGAAUCGUUUGUUUUGCGUGACACUGAGAUGGACUGAUGCCCCCUGUACCCAUCAGGGUACGUGAUCCACCACAGAAGAGGUGCGGGGACACCUCUCCUAUGGCAAUGACUCAGUGCUUUUGAGCACACAAUGUUGCACUCGUCACUGAUGUGCUCUGGUACCUUUUUUUUUUGGCAUAAAAGAUGUGGUGUUUGGUAGCAGAGGACUAAGCGUAAAAGGUACCAAGGACUCUGCAUCUAAAUCUAAGAAUGACUUUUUUUUCUUUUUCUCACUACUGUUGAAUAGGA